UGAAAAAUUUUAUUCUAAAGUAUGUAGAAUAUAUCUAAUAAAAUUUUUAUAUGAUAUAAUUUAAUUUCAAUAAGUUUUGAAUGUUACUAAUUAAAUCUAGUUUUUAGAAAAUGUCAUACGGUUGCUUUUUGCAUUUCGAAUUCCUCCCGCGAAACCCCUCCUACGUCGCCUGCGUGACACCGUCCUCCGCCCAACGCCACCGACGACGCCGGCUCUCCGACCAGAAACACCAAGCGACAAUACUUUGCUCAUACAGAGCCGGCGCUCAUCGGGAAAUCAUUUAACAAGCAAACGGUGUAUUUUUUAGAUUGCGAAGACCCCCCAUCUCUGGCCGCCGGCGUUGCUGAUACGAAGGUAAAAAAAUUUCAGAAAAGUGAACUUCUAUAUGGUUACGUUUAUCGUGUACUUGGAGAGGUGAGUUUUGGGUUUUGUGAGAUGGAUAUUUCGGAUUAGGGCAUGGAAAAAAAACAGUUUUUGCAUGGCUUUUGACCUCUAGUUUCCACCUCUGUUUUCGACCUCUGUUUUCAAGCAUCUCAUUCAUUGGGUUGUUUGAUUGAAGCUGAGUAUCUGUAUUUCGAAUAAAUUUUUUGCAUCUUUCUCACACAUUCGUAAUCGUUCGUUCUGCCCCUCUAAAGUUAGUACUGCUAGCUGGGUCUUCUGAUAGUGCAUAGUUUUUACAUUGUAAUGGAAAUGCAUGCAUCAUUCGUUAAAAUAAUGGGUAAGCUGUUCUUAGUUUUUGUUCAAAAAUUUUGUCGGAGUUUUAGAGGAGUGGUGGGCUAAAGCUUGAACCUUAGCCAUGAUGGGCAUAAGUGAUACCUAUAGCCUUUUUUUUUUCAUUUUCAAGCUGCAUGAUCUUCAGUGUCCUCUACUUACAGAGCAUGUAAAUGCGAAGGAGAAUGGACACUAAAUAUGACCAUUUUGAUGGAGUAGAUGAACGUGGUAUCUUUGGGGAAUUGAUUAUCCUUUCUUUGAAAGUGGAAAAAAAAAAUUGCAGUGCCUGGAAAACGUACUCUGUGAUUUUUUCUAUCCUCUGGUUUCUUUUACUCUCAUUCAUAUUAUUCCACAGACCCAAGGCCUGGGAAUGGUGUGACUCUAACCUGCCAGCCUUGAAAUAUUCGGCUUCACAAUGGUUCUAAAAAUGAGCUGCUUAAUUACCAUUUGAUUUACAGGAGUGAAGCGUGUGUAGAUUUAUGCGCUGCCCCUGGUAGCUGGAGUCAGGUAUUUGUUAAUGGAAUGAUUAUCACCUGGCUGUAAACUAUUUGUGAAAGUUUAUAUUUUACAUAAGAAUUCAUAUGAAAUCUCUGUGAUGGGAAAAAUAAAAUUAGUAAUUUUGCUUGAGGGAACUGGAAACCAGACUGAAUUAUAACAGUCAACAAUCAAAUGAAUUCUGAAUUAUAACAGUCAACAAUCAAAUGAAUUCAUUGAUGGUUUUAUUAUUAUUCAACAAUGGCUUUAUGUAGCCGUACCUAAUAAAAUAAAGAGUUGUAGAAAACAAGUAGUCUACUACUCAGCAAUUCCUAUCCACCCAACAACUCAUAGCAUGUCAAUUAAACUAAGCAAUCAACGGCCUUGAUAACUUCAUUAUCACCCUUAUUUGAAUUUUAUAAAAAACAAGAGACUAAAGAACAACUACAUGAAAACUAAUUAAAUGCAAAAUGAACUAUAACAUCUUCAUUCUGUUUAUUGUAUUUUUUGGUGUAUCAAAUGGGCUAGUCACGAGGUUUAUAAUCAAUUUGCCACUGUUUUGGAUGAGGUAAGCUUUGCAUUGACAUGAGUUGGUUAUGAAAUUAUUCAAGAACUACUUCCAUUCAUGCAAAAUUCACAAGCAAUUAUAUGAAGAUUGUCCAUGGUUGUAUGUAUAAAAAUUGAAAAAGGUCUGUAAUAAUUUCUCUGAUCUUUAACUCAAAGGCAUCUUCUCUCCUUGCUAAGAAAGGAAUUGAUGUGAGCUUGUGGGUUGAAGACCUAUAUUAGUGCCCGUGACUAACUUACAAACUUAGGGAAAAAGAAGAGUUUGCACUAUUAAUUGUUUAGAGUAUGUAAAUUUCGUUUACCAAUUUACCAAUACAAAAAUUCUUUUGUAAUUAUAUGAAGAUAAAUUCUUUGUAGGCAACACCUAUAUGCAUGUGAAGGAAACCCUGGGUAAGCAUUACUUUGAUAUUAUUACGAGUCUGUUAUAUGGACAUUCUGAUGCAAAGUGCAAUUGCUCCCUAAAUACUUUCACAAAAUUUAUAUAUAAGGUGAUUAAGCCAUUUUCUACACUACUUGAAAGAGCCUAAUUUCCUGAUUUUCUGGGGAGAAGAAUGGAAUAUAUGUGCUUUCAAUUUUUGCUAAUUUCGGUGAGAAACAUGGAAAUUCCAGGCCACUUGCUUUUUGGAAUGUGCUUUCAGAAUUUUCAACUGCAUGCAGCCAGUUGCUGUUUUUCUUGUUGUCUUCAAGUCCACUGAAAGGGCUUUAUCCUCUUUAACUGGUUAGAACUGUUUGCAACACGAGUUCCAUCUUGGAUUUGUUCUUUGAGUGCAUAUCUUGAUUUUGAAUCUGUGAAAUUAUUUCUUUCUUUUUGAUAGGUCAGAGAGAUAAACUUAGAAAUGAUUAAUAACAUCCAAAUACACAGGGUUAGAUAUUUGUCCUUAUUUCUAGGUUGCAUGAAUAACUAUCUUUUAAAAAAACCUAUCUGUAGCAAUAAUAUCUCACAGUUUUUUGGAUGUGAGAUUCUAUAUUAAUUGUCAGACUUUAAUGGGAAUUUUUUUUCUUUUGUGGCUCGCCUUUAAAGCCUCGGAAGACUGACUUAAAUUUAGUGUAAUGGGGGAAGAGGAAGAUAGAAUUGCACGUAAACCUUCGACGGCGACUUCACAACCAUUUUACACGCAUCAGAAUGUAAUUGGAAAUCCAAAUGUCGACCAUGUGAGUAGGCUGGUUGAUGUUAUAUUUUCUAUUAAAGUGUGUAUGACGUGCUCAUGCAUCUAGAUAAUUGCAUAAUGGCAGCAUCCUCACGAUACGCCCUACCCUCCGCCGAGUAGUUUGGAGGAUUUCAUUCGAGUUGAAGAUUCAUUUGGGGUAUAUUUGAGUUUGUUACCCAAAUUUCAAAAAUUUACAUGUUAAUUCAUUUGUUUAAAGUAAUUUAAUUUUUGAUGAACUUCAAGCUACUAUUGAGCAGAUGCCACCUUAUACUCAAUACCAAUCGUCGAGUAAUCUUGAAGACUUGAGGCAAGAAACGCCUCCUGCGUCGAUGACACCAAAUAGUGUAGAAUCUGAAUUUGAAGCAAAUGUUGGAAGUUCCUAUGAUGCUGAUGAAAUGUUUUUCGACAUAAACGAAGAUUUAGAGGGUACCACUGUUGUCCCGGAUGAUGAGGUACAAGUUGAACCACCAAGAUCCGGUAUGGAGUUUCACAGUGAGAAAGAGCUUAUUGCCUACUAUAAGCAGUAUGCCAAACAAGAGGGUUUUGGUGUAAGGACACAGAGGACUAAAAGAGAUGAUGAUGGGAGGCCUGUGUAUGUGACCAUUGGUUGUGCCCGUGCCGGAAAGUACUAUCCUAAGCCAAACAGUAAUAUCUCGAAGCCACGGGCAACAACUAAAACGGGUUGUAAAGCGAAGGUGAAUGCAACGUUGAACAAAGAUGAGAAAUGGGUUUUCACCACUAUUGAAACUUCUCACAACCAUAUUACUGUGAGCCCCAAGAAAAGUAGACUAUUGCGAUCGCACAAGCAUCUAGAUGAAUACAGUCAAAGAAUCCUCGAGCUGAAUGAUAGAGCCGGUAUACGAAUGAAUAAGAAUUUUUAUUCUCUUGUUGUUGACGCGGGGGGUUAUGAGAAUCUACCUUUUCAAGAGAAAGAUUGUAGGAAUUUCAUUGACAAAGCUAGAUAUUUAAGGUUGGGUAAAGGAGGUAGCGAUGCGCUUAAUGAGUAUUUCAAAAGAAUGAGAGAUCAGAAUGAUGGUUUUGUUUCUAACAUGGACGUGGAUGAUGAUGGAAGGUUACGGAAUGUGUUUUGGGCUGAUGCACGGAGUCGAGCAGCCUAUGAGUAUUUUGGAGACGUUGUAUCCUUCGAUACAACGUACCUAACAAAUAGGUACGGUAUGCCGUUUGCUCCAUUCGUUGGUGUUAACCAUCAUGGCCAAUCCAUACUCUUUGGGGCGGGAUUGCUAUCAAGCGAGGACACACAUAGUUUUGUUUGGUUAUUCCGAUCGUGGUUGGAUUGCAUGAGAGGUAGGGCGCCCAAAGCUAUCAUAAUCGACCAAGAUCGAGCGAUGAAGAAUGCGAUUGCUACUGUAUUCCCUGAAACUCGUCAUAGAUAUUGUUUAUGGCAUAUAAUGCGCAAACUCCCAGAGAAGUUAGGAUCGCACGCCAAAUUCAACUAUGGGUUGAAGACUGACAUUCAGGCUUCAUUAUAUGAUUCACAAACCACCACAGAAUUUGAGGAGAGCUGGGGUCAACUACUAGCAAAGUAUGAUCUGCUUGGCAACAAUUGGCUUCAGUCUUUAUAUGAGGAAAGGUCGCUUUGGGUUCCAGUUUUCCUCAAGAGUGUAUUUUGGGCUGGUAUGAGCACAACGCAAAGGUCCGAAAGUAUGAAUGCAUUUUUUGACGGGUAUGUCCAUGCUGGAACGACAUUGAAGGAAUUUGUCGACCAAUUCGAUAAUGCUCUUAGAAAGAAAGUGGAGGUGGAGACAACGGCUGAUUUCAACUCUAGCAACCAAACUAUCCCAUGCGUCUCCCCUUUCAACAUUGAGAAGCAGUUUCAAAAAGUCUACACAAAUGCAAAGUUUAAGGAGGUCCAAAGAGAGUUGAUGGGCCUAAUGUGUUGUAAUUGUUGGCUGGUAAGCACACAAGGUUGCGUUUUAACAUUUGAUGUGUUGGAUGAAAUAUCGUUUGAUGCGCAAACCAAAAAAGUUCAUUACUCAGUUUACUAUAACGAAGAUGAGUGUGAGGUAAAAUGCACUUGUGGAUUGUUUGAGAUGAGGGGGAUUAUAUGUAGGCACGCACUUAGAGUUUGCCAGUUGAAAAAUAUUAAUGUGCUGCCAGAUGUAUAUUUCCUAGAUCGAUGGAGAAAUGACUUAAAGAGGCAUUACACAUUAAUCAGAAGUAGUUAUGAUGACCUGCGGGGUAGAUCAGAAACACGUAAUUACGAGCUUAUGAUCCAAAGAUGUUCGAAAUUAGCAGCAAAAAUAUCCUCAAACAAUGACAAAGUCCAUGCAUUUCUGCACUAUGUUGACGAGUUUGAUAAAACAUGUGAAGGUUCAAUGUGUGAGUCGACAUUCCAAUCAACUCUGGCCAACCCAACGGUGGUGUUGGAUAAGGGUAAAAAGAUUUUGAGCCCUAACGUCGUUCGAGGGAAAGGGAGACCUCCAAGUAAGAGGAAGGUUCCACCCGUGGAGAAAAUGACAACAAAGAGAAAAAAACAGACUUGCAGGAAACUGUUGGUAGAUGAAAGUGAAUUGGGUGAGAGGCCGGCCACUCAACCCUAACCAAGUUUAUUUUGAAGAAGGGUGGUAGUAACGACUCUGUAAUACAUGUGUCCAUUCAUUUAGAUCUUUAUUAUAUUUAACAAUUUUUUAUUAGCAGAAUUUGAUGGGUUUUCAAUCUCCUGCAGGUUGUUCCUGUUGAUGGCAGUGAGAGUCUCCUUGGAGACGUUGUUAUAUGGGUGUUGGUGUAGCUGAGGGAGGAGGUUACAUAUCUUGAUUGCCCUUUGGACAAGUGAGAGUGACAUUAAGCUUUUUAUAUUGGGUGGUGGUAUCUGCAUAAGGAACUGCUGAAAGCUCAAAAUUGGUUUUAUACAUGUUGCUGGGCGUUACUUUGCCCAGACUCAGUCCAAAAUUAGCACAUAUGGCACUUGAUAUCACAAAAAUAGACAAAGCGGAUGUUAGUCAAAGGAUGGUGUUGGAGAAACAAUAGAAACACUAAGGAAAGUCGGAAUGGGUUUUGGAUGUUAACUGGUGACAAGCAGAAUACUGCCAUACAGAUUGCUCUUGUGGAUUCUCAUAUGUAUUUCCCCAGGAGCAAUAAAAAGGGGGGGUAUUCUAAAACUUAUUCAAGCCAUCUUGAAGGCCACUGCCACACCACAUUUUGUAGAGUCCUCCAGAUUUCCAGCUGCUGUGUCUAGGCUGAAAGGGAAAUUUCUAGCAAUUUUGGAUGAAUCUGUGAGAAGCAGAAAGCAUCACAUAUCUUACCAUCCGGCUGAAGUUUCCAGUUAAGAGGAAGUUGUCCACGAGCUGCACUGAACUGAGGAUGUAAAUCUCAAAGAUGCUGAUCUUGAAUGGUUGAUUUUAUGUCCAUUCGUUGAUGUGCAAUUUGAUUGUAAUUUGUAUAUAUUCGAUUUUAAGACUGAUUGUACGAAUUUUAUUGUACAGUCCAAUGGAUAUGUAUUAAAGUCUGAACUUGUAUAGCAGGAAAAUGGAGACA